AUGCCACGCCUGAUCCGCCGACAGCCGCUGUUAGAACGCAUCCAGGGCUAUCUGAAUCCGGCCGAUCUUCUUCUUUGGUUGUCUGAAGAAUUUGAGUCACAGGGAUGGGAUCAGCUUGAGAAAGAAUGGGCCGUGCCGAUCGGAUUCGUACUGAAUCUGACCUUUAUUGUUGCAAGAGCCAACAGUCGAGGUGCAUCCGAAAGUUAUGAUGAUGUCUUUGGGGAUACUAGGAGGGCGACAGGCUGGUUUAGCUGGUUGGCCUCGUUCUUGGUCCAUUUUUUGGCCCUUCUAUCAUUCGUCAAUGCCACCUGCACAUUUUGGCGCAAAAGACAUUAUCGACUGUUCGAAGCAUCUGUCGAUACUGUCCCUAGCACACCCUCGGCUUACCGAGUCCGUGUAGACUCUUCCCCAAUAUCAUCCUCACCUCUACGAUUUUUAUCGAACAUACUUGGGGCAGACAACGCGCAGUCGAGAGCACACCCGGAUCCACAACGAGAUGUCUGGGAACUGGCCGUUUGGGAUCCAUUGCCUGUCUGCUUGAGACUCUUCUGUUAUUUCAGUCCUGGCCAUGUGUUGAUAUACUGCCUGUUCUUGCCUACAGCUAUAGCAGAUCCAAGACCUAGCAUGACCAUUGUUACUGCGAUUGCUGUUUCAGUACUUCUGUCAGUUCAGCUGUCAACGCUACAGUCGAGUUUUUCGCAGCAAUCGAAGGACUCAGCAUUGAUCUCGAAGGAACUCCUCCACGAAUACGACACCAAAUUUGUCCACCCGAGAACCCAGCCAUUGUAUCGGGACGUCGGAACUCAGUUCACGGAGCAAGCAUCUCAUAGUGCUCACAGGGAUGAAAAGUAUAACUUUGUUGAAGUCCAUACACCUAGAGUCGUGAUCAAUCGAGGCUUCAAGACCAACCCGAAUCCCAAUUAUUCGAAGCACACAGAUCCGGAUGGUGUUGCUGCUCGGCCAAGCUAUUCGCGAGGCCUCUCGUCCACACCCAGCAUCAUUCCAGGAGUGCAGCCUAUUCGGACCCCUGCACAUCUUCGCGACUCUUCUUCGCCCAUCAGACCUAGUACUGCUAUACGACAGCCCCAAUUCAAACCUGCGCCAGAAUCACAACCAGGUCUAGGUGGAAGCCUUGGGGUUUACUCACAUGCAAACUCGCCUCUAAAGAAAAAUCCAUUCGGCGGUCCUGAUAUGAGAGGCAAAUAUUCCAACGAUUACAUUAGGGAAAGAAGUUUGAGCCCGGAGAAGAGACCACCAAGCCCAGCUAAGCGGAUGAGUGUUCCAUCGACGGGCAUCAACACUCUAGCUGCAACCAAAAGAUGGGGACAUUUGCAGUCUAAUGCUAGACGUGAAAGUGGAAGAUUUUGA